AUGUGGAUCAGUUUUUAUAAACUCCGGCUUUUCUGCUGUCUGCUUGCAGUGUUGACGGUGGUGGUGCUGGUCAUCAAUGUUACUCAGGUAGAGUAUUUGGACCGUGAGACUGUCUCAGCCACAUUCAUCGACAGCAGCGGACAGUUUGUUUCCUCUCAGGUGGUAGGAACUAGCCGGAAUCCUUACUGCGACUAUGAACAUCAGGCUCUGUCCAGCCAGGAGCGCAUGGAGGAGGACUCCCUGCUGACCGCCUUACAGUGGCAGAUACCUGACGUGGGCCCUGUCCCCUUUUUGAAGAGCAGCGACCCUUCUUCCAGCUACUUUGUCAUCUUGAACUCUGCGGACUUCUUCAAGGUGGGGAGCCAGCUAGAGGUGCUGGUUCACGUGCAGGAUUUUCAAAGACAGCCCAAGAAAUAUGGUGGAGACUACCUGCAGGCCAGAAUCCACUCCCCUAAGCUGCAGGCAGGGGCUGUGGGCAGAGUGGUGGACUACCAGAAUGGGUUUUACAAGGUCUUUUUCACUUUGCUCUGGCCAGGCAGAGUUAAAGUGUCCGUAUCUCUGGUCCACCCCAGCGAAGGGAUCAGAGUCCUUCAGCACCUCCAGGAAGAGAAGCCAGACAGGGUCUAUUUCAAGAGUCUCUUUCGCUCGGGAAGAAUUUCUGAAACCACCGAGUGCAACGUGUGUCUUCCUCGGAUCCUGCCCCUGUGUAACUUUACAGAUCUGUACACCGGAGAGCCCUGGUUCUGCUUCAAGCCAAAGAAGCUCCCUUGCAGCAGCAGAAUCAACCAUUUCAAAGGUGGCUACCAGAAGGGCCUCCUGACCGCUGCAGAGAGUGCUUUCUUCCAGAGUGGUGUCAAUAUCAAAAUGCCAAUCAACUCCAGCGGACCUGAUUGGGUGACUGUCGUUCCCAGGAGAAAAAAAGAAUCUAACAACUCGAAACUAUCUCAAGGCUCAGGAACUUUUCCUUCGGGGCAUUAUUACAAAGAUCAGUGGAAGCCUAGAAACUUUAAGAUCCGCCAGUUUAAUGACCCUGACAACAUUACUGAAUGCUUACAAAGAAAAGUGGUGUAUUUAUUUGGUGACUCAACAAUCAGGCAGUGGUUUGAAUAUCUAACUGCAUUUGUUCCAGAUUUAGUGGAGUUUAACUUGGGUAGCCCCAAGAACGUGGGUCCCUUCCUUGCGGUGGACCAAAAGCACAACAUCCUGCUCAAGUACCGCUGCCACGGCCCACCCAUCCGCUUCACCACUGUCUUCAGUAGUGAGCUCCACUAUGUGGCCAAUGAGCUGAAUGGUAUUGUGGGAGGGAAGAACACCGUGGUGGCCAUAGCUGUGUGGUCUCAUUUCAGCACCUUCCCCUUGGAAGUGUAUAUCCGGCGGCUGAGGAACAUCCGUCGAGCAGUGGUCCAGCUCUUGGACCGAAGCCCUAAGACCGUGGUAGUGAUCCGGACAGCCAACGUCCAAGAGCUGGGGCCUGAGGCGAGCCUUUUCAGCAGUGACUGGUACAGCUUUCAGCUGGACACCGUCCUUCGGAGGAUGUUCUCAGGGAUUGGAGUAUAUCUCGUUGAUGCCUGGGAGAUGACCCUAGCCCAUUAUCUACCCCAUAAGCUACAUCCGGAUGAAGUUAUUGUGAAGAACCAGCUAGACAUGUUCUUGUCCUUUGUGUGCCCCUUGGAGACGUAG